CUAGAGCACUGUGUGAUUCUACAACUUAUUUUUUUUACGUUUUAUUUAAGUUUGACCACUCUCUCCGACAGAGCAUCUGCUCUUUGUUUUGCUAAGCGGGAUUGUGGUUCUUCUGAGGCACUUCUUUUACAGCACGGCAGUGAAGAGGUGGCGACGAACUAUUGUUAGAGCCCCAAGCACGAGAUCCUAUAUUGUGGGGUGGUACUCAACCGAUUCCUGGAGCUCACACGCGUCACGUGACAUUUCUCCUUGGUACAUCUCGCACAGCCCACAGGUUAGGAUGAGUACACCUGCCGCUUGGAACGUUUUCAAGGUCGCCCCGGACUAGUAAACUUGCUGAAGCACGGCCACAUGGGACUAAUCGCGCCUCACAAUUUCCUUACCUGAAGGUAGGUGGCUACCUGAGACACCGCACUGUGUGACACUGUUCUACUUACCAUCCUGCAUAAUUCUUCCUUGCCUGUUCCCUCCCUUGCUCUGGUUGUUGAUUUUAUCCCUGCAAUAGCAAGAUUGUUAUGCCAGCUUGGUCUAUAUUUAAAGCUGCAUAACCAGCUGUGCCUGGUUUUAGGAUUCACUGGAACUCCUUUGCUGUUAUUCUACCUGGUGAAAAUAGGUAUGACCAAGAGAUGCACAGCUGAGCAAAGGGAUGCUGACGGUGCGUUCGGAGCUGCCCAAAUCCAACUGCUGCCUUCAACUUCUGGAUGAUUAGCAGCGCAGCAGAUUGUGACUUGGCACACGAGAUCGAUGACUGCGGGAUGACAGUGCCUGUGUUUGUUACUUGAAAGAGGAGGGACCAAAGAUCGAAGCAGAAAUUGCACCUUAAACAUCCUGCUAGAGGUUGAGAACACCCGAAAAGGCAGACAGAAUGGAAAGCACACAAGUAGGGGUUUGUGCCAGUUGUGCAGAAGACAGUAAUUCACUAAAGAGGGAGUGCUUGCAGGCUAAGAGCAGAAUGAGCUGCAUUCAGAUGCUUUCCACAAUUCCUUCACCUUCCAUCUUUUACCAGCUUCGGGGUGACACCCCCCAGAAACUGUGGACCCUAUAAUUAACCAGAGUGCAAAUUCCACAAAAGGACGGGAAGAUGCCUGUGAUGAAGGGUUUAUUAGCACCCCAGAAUACAUUUUUGGACACCAUAGCCACCAGGUUCGAUGGGACCCACAGCAACUUCAUCUUGGCCAAUGCACAGGUGCAUCGUGGGUUCCCCAUUGUGUACUGCUCAGAUGGAUUUUGCGACCUUACUGGAUUUGCACGAACUGAAGUUAUGCAGAAGAACUGCAGUUGUCGGUUCCUAUAUGGUACAGAGACCAGUGAACAAGUUUUACACCAGAUUGAGAAAGCACUUGAUGGGAAGCAAGAAUUUCAGGAAGAAGUGCGAUUUUACAAGAAGAAUGGUUCUCCUUUCUGGUGCCUCCUGGAUAUCGUUCCCAUCAAAAAUGAAAAAGGGGAGGUGGUUCUUUUUCUUUUCUCCUUUAAAGACAUUACAGACACCAAAGGGAAACUCCAUCGGACUGACUUCAAAGAAGAAGAAAAGCAAAGGAACAAAAAAACAGGAAGAUCUCACUUCAGUGCCGCACGGAAACGAGGCAGAACUGUCCUGUAUCACCUGACCAAUCAGUUUACCAGAGAUGGAAAUGCUGAGAUGAAACUUAACAAUAAUGUUCUAGAAAGCAAAUCAUCUCUGCCUGAGUACAAGGUGGCCGCCAUUCAGAAAUCCUACUUCAUUCUGCUGCACUACAGCAUCUUUAAAGCACUCUGGGACUGGCUCAUCCUGCUGGCUACAUUCUAUGUUGCUGUGACGGUUCCAUACAAUGUCUGCUUCACUAAUAAUGAUGAUGUUUCAGCAGCUCGAACCACGAUCGUGAGCGAUAUUGUAGUAGAAAUGCUUUUCAUCCUUGAUAUUAUUUUAAACUUUCGUACAACAUAUGUCAGCCAGUCUGGGCAAGUGGUGUACGAUGCUCGAUCAAUCUGUGUACACUAUUUAGCAACAUGGUUCUUUGUUGACCUAAUAGCAGCAUUGCCCUUUGACCUUCUGUAUGCCUUCAAUGUAACUGUGACUUCCCUGGUCCACUUGCUGAAGACAGUUCGUCUCUUAAGGCUCCUACGUUUGCUGCAGAAGCUUGAUAGAUACUCACAGUACAGUGCUAUGGUUCUUACACUGCUUAUGUCAAUGUUUGCUCUGCUAGCUCAUUGGAUGGCUUGUAUCUGGUAUGUCAUUGGCCGAAAGGAAAUGGAAAGCAAUGACCCACUAACAUGGGAUAUCGGCUGGCUACAUGAACUAGGUAAAAGGCUGGAAUCUCCUUACACGAAUAAUUCACUGGGUGGGCCAUCCAUUCGAAGUGCAUAUAUUGCCUCCCUAUACUUCACUCUCAGUAGCCUCACAAGUGUGGGAUUUGGGAAUGUUUGUGCUAACACGGACGCUGAAAAGAUAUUUUCCAUCUGCACAAUGCUUAUAGGAGCUUUGAUGCAUGCUGUAGUUUUUGGCAAUGUGACUGCAAUCAUCCAACGAAUGUAUUCCCGACGUUCCUUUUACCAUACACGGAUGAAAGACCUGAAAGAUUUCAUACGAGUUCAUCGCCUCUCCCAGCAUCUUAAACAGAGAAUGUUGGAAUACUUUCAGACAACAUGGUCCGUUAAUAAUGGCAUUGAUGCAAAUGAGUUACUGAAAGACUUUCCUGAUGAGCUUCGAGCAGACAUUGCUAUGCACCUGAACAAAGACAUACUGCAGCUGCCCUUGUUUGAGUCUGCCAGCCGUGGCUGUCUGAGAGCCAUCUCCCUGCACAUCAAAACUUCUUUCUGUGCACCAGGAGAGUAUCUGAUUCGACAGGGUGACGCACUGCAGGCACACUACUUUGUAUGCUCGGGGUCCCUCGAAGUCCUUAAAGACAACAUGGUCUUGGCAAUACUUGGGAAAGGAGAUCUGAUUGGUGCUGAUUUUUCCAGUAAGGAUCAAGUGAUUAAAACAAAUGCAGAUGUGAAGGCACUGACCUAUUGUGAUCUACAGUACAUCAGCUUGCGUGGCCUGUGUGAAGUCUUGGAACUUUAUCCUGAGUAUUACAGCAAGUUUAUGGCUGAUAUUCAUCGAGAUCUUACAUUCAAUCUUCGAGAAGGAAGUGAAAAAGAUGGACUGCCCAGGUUUUCAAGAUCUCCAAGACUGUCACAGGCAAGGCCUACCAGUGGCCGCACCCCUGAGAAGAUACUACCUUCUAUUCAAGAAGACCAUGAGGAAGGUGAUGAUUUCUUCAGCCCCUCACCUGCCAGUGUUGCUCGAAGGAAACUCAUGUUGCCUAUCUUGAACAGCCCAAUUCGCCGGGGCUCUCUCAGCAGCCUUUUAGGGGAUGAUCUUCGACAGUUCUCUGCAUUGCGACGUUCCUGCCAGUCUCCAGUCAGAAUGCCUAAUGGAAAAAGUUCCUCGCCUCAGUGUAGAAAAGGGGCCACUAGUUCUGACACUGCAACCAAUAAUGAGAACAAUAAACCAGCAAAACUACUCCUUCCAACACAGAAUAACUUGGGUCCGCCAGAUCUCAGCCCCAGGGUUGUUGACGGAAUAGAAGAUGAUGGCAGACCGUCAGAGACACACACAUUUCAUUUCAGCGUGGAACACAAUGCCCAGAAGUGUAACAAAGGGGCCAAAGUGCAAGGACCCUACAUUUCAGUUCCAUCUUUAGCCGGUGAUGCUGAAGAGAUGCAACAAAACAUCAGCAGAUUGAAUGAUGAGAUAAAUAAUCUCAACCAUGAAGUUUCCCAGCUAAGCAAAGAGUUGCAGCACAUUAUGAAGUUACUUCAAACACAUCUAGCACUUAAGCAGUAUAACUCCACGUUGUUUUGUCCCUAUGGUAUUCACAUGGGCUCCUCUCCUCUUCAUAAAACUGGAAAUAUCCAACAGUCUGUCAUUUCCAGUGGACCACAUUCAGGACUGCACAUUCCGCAUGAACAUAUUGCAGUGACUACAUCAAGUUUUGCAAUGCUGGGUUCACAGGCCGCAAAUUAUGGCACAGCAGGCCACUGGCAAAGGUCUCAAGAAUUUUGUCAAAAGUCUAAUGAAGCAGCGAACAUUCCAGAAGGCAGAAACUGUGUCUGUAACACAGCAAGUCCUACUGUAUCUUACCAUUACAAUUUGUCUUCAGGGGACAGAGGAAAAAAUAGUGCACAUCAUGAAGAAACAAACCCACAUUUUGGUGAGGACUCAAACAUCACAGUCUCAGGGCAAUGUACGCUCAGUUCCACCUCUUUGGACUCUAUUAUUGCCUUUUCAGACUCUGCUAUCCAAAGUCAAGCUGCCUUUCCAUCAGUCACUCCUGACCAGUCAUUGAAAACAUCUGUCAGUUCUAGCCACACUUCAAUUCUAUUUCAAACUUAGCAGAUCGGCCUGAACAAAUGUUGUGCAUUAUUACUAUUCAUGACAUGAACAUUCUACUGUAAUUAGUCUAAAGUUGUCAUUGUUCCCAAAAAUGCUAAUUAUUCACAUGUACUUUGACCUUUAACUUCAGUAGGAAGCACAUGGCUCAUGGUAAUGGUCUGGACGAAGCCAUCCUUUUUCAAGCACAGGUGCUCACGAUAUUAAAAUACAAUACUCUGCUACAUAAAGAAAAAAGCAAGGCAUUCACUUUAACCACUGAAACAAUGAAUCCAUCAAAAAAGUGCUGCUAAGUGUUCUAAAAAGCCUUAUUCCAGGACAGGGCUCUUCUAUGACCAAUAUCAUGAGUGUUAAAAAGACCAAAUCAGCAAUUCUAUAUCAUUCAGGAUGGGACUGCCAGGAGAAACUUUGUUUUAAGACAAUGAUCAGUUCAUUGAAGUAUAUCUAUGAAUUGUAAGCCUAGCAUUUACAACAGAAUUUGGUUGUACUGUUAUUUUCUCUUCCUUUUCAGAUAGUUAAAAUUAUGUUUAUAUAAGUCACAUUUGAAGUACACAGUUCAGAACAAAUCAUGGCUGACCUAUGAAAUAACAAAAAAAUGAUUUUCACAGAAAUCGUCAGGAGUUAAGGAAAGCACAAGUGGAGCAAAAUUGCUUUUUACAAUUUUUUACAACUAUGUUAUCAGCAGGACAGUGCUAAUCAUUUUUAAGAUAUUUUUAACUACAGGAAAACAUCAUAAUGUUCUCUAUUAUUUACAAAAUAUCAAAUCCUUAUUCUAAUCAAUGGGUGGCUGUUUUAUACAUUUUGUCAUGGAUUUCAGGAUAUCAAUCCUUAUUUGGCCAAAUACAACCAAAAUUAUAUUUCAAAGAAAAAUAAAAUAUGCAGUUCCUCAUAAGUUUGCAAAAAUAUGUAGAAUGUAAAUGCAUUUAAAAGAGUAGGAAUAUAUCUAGAACUUGCAUAUUAUAUUGAAAUUCAAAAACUUAUACUUGUAAGAUUUGGUGCAUGGUAAUAUUUUUGUACAACACACAUACAUUAAAGAGAACUUUUUAAACUUAGUUAGCAGUAGCAUGUAGCUUGCACUGUUCUGGAUUUGAAUAAUAAAAAAAGUCUUUGUUAUAUUAAAUUUAUAAAACUAGGCUCACAUAGUCUGCUAUAGUACCUCUCCUGCACAUUUUAUUUGCCUGUAAUUAAGUAUGCCAGUCAGCAUGU